GGAUGUGUGUGCGAGUGUGUUUCUCUCCCUAACAUUUCUACAACUCUCUGCUGGCCGCCCCUCUUCUUCGGGCCGGCUGAAGACCGCAGCUGAAGUCAUGGCGCUUCAUUCUACUGUGCCUUACUCUGUUCAAGAUGCCAUCACUCAGCUGUUGAAACCGCAGCGGGUGGAGUUUAUGCGGCAGGUGCAUCUGGUUCAGUCCAAAAGCCGAACGGAGAGCCGCAUUCUGGUUAUAACUCAAUGGAGAGCCUACAUGUUUCACAGCAAGCAACCUGUAAAGGUGGAAAGUUCCUUCAGCUACCUGGAAAUCUAUGCCAUUGCCAUCGAAAGCCCCGUUAAGGUGACACUUGAGACAGAUAGACAGAUCUACUAUCUUUCUCUCAUGUCGGUGGAGGACCUAGAGGCCAUGGUCAGUCAUGUCACUGCCUCGCUGAAGAAGAUCUUUCCCGAUUCAUCUCCAGGGAAGCUGCUGAAGAAGAUCCCUCCUGACCUGCAGGAGAGGCUGCUGAAGCUGACCUCCAACGUGGAGGAGCACCUGAGUGGGACGCAGGGGCCAUGCGGUGGCUUCUCAGUGACGUACGAGGCGCUGUGCGACUUCAACGAGCUGCCCUGCCGAGAGGAAGUGCAGUGGGAUGUAGACAAUAUCUAUCAUGUCCAGAACUGUCGGGAGUUCAACUUGCUGGACUUCAGUCACCUGGAAAGCAGGGACCUGGCCUUGGCUGUGGCUGCCCUGUCAUUCAACGAGUGGUUUACCAAGAUCUCUAGCAAGGACUUCAAAGUGCCCCCGGAUGUCCAGGAGCAGAUCCUCUACAUGAUCAACCGCUCUCCCACCCUGAAGGAGCUCUGUCUGGAGAACAGUGGGCUGAAGCUAGACUUUGCUGUGAAGAUGGCCUUGGCCAUGAAAGGCUGCACCUGCCCUGCACUGCACAUUAUCAACCUGUCAGCCAAUCAGAUGGAGGAUAAAGGUGUUUCUGCCCUCAGUCAGCAUCUGGAUAAGUUGCCCUGUGGUCUAACCCAGCUGUACCUGUCCAAGGUGUCUCUCUCCCCUAAAGGGCUGGGCAAUCUGGCCAAUGCUUUGGCCCAGAGCAACGGCCUCUCCAACAGCCUGACGCAUCUCGACUUGUCAGGAAAUCCAGGUUGCAUGGCAACAGAGGAGGCAGCGACUCUGUGCAAGUUCCUGUCAGGCCCCAAUGUUUUGUCUCUCCUGGACCUCAGUGGCACAGACUGCCCUCUGGACACACUGUUUGUGUCUUUGUCUGCGGGUUGCAACUCUAGUCUAAGCCAUCUCAAUCUCUCCAGAAACACCUUUACCCACAGAAAAGGGCGAGAGGUGACACGCAGUGUGAAGGACUUCUUUAGCAAGGUCACUGAGCUGCGGUAUAUGGGGCUGGCUGGAACCAAGCUCCCACCGGCAGCUCUCAGGCUGUUGCUGCAGGGUUUAGCUACCAACACACGUCUGUGUGGACUAGAACUGGAUAUCAGUGGAUGUGAGCUGAGGUCUGCCGGAGCUCAGGUGAUUCAGGAGCACAUUUUCGAGGCCAAGGCCAUCUGCAGUCUGGACCUGUCUCACAACGGGUUUGAGAAUGACAUGGUCACUCUGGUGUUGGCCAUCGGCCGUAGCCACUCAAUCCGUCACCUUGCACUGGGAGGAAACUUUGCCAUGAAGUCCAGAGCUCUCACUGAUGUCCUCCACCGCAUCGUCCAGCUAAUCCAGGAGGAGGAGUGUCCUCUGGAGUCCCUUUCUGUGUGUGACUCUAAGUUGAAGACGGGCACCACUACCCUCAUCAACAGCCUUGCCAGCAACGCCAACCUCUCCAAGAUCAACAUCAGCGGGAACCUCAUCGGAGACACGGGCGCCAAGAUGCUGGCCAAGGCCCUGAUCAUCAACACUAAGCUCAAGACUCUGGUGUGGGACAGAAACAACGUGACUGCCAAGGGCUACCAGGAUGUGGCCAAUGCACUAGAGAAGAACUCCACACUGCAGCACAUGUCUCUGCCCUUCAGUGACAUGUCUCAGGCCUUCCGCAGCAGCCCUGAGAAAACUGAAGAGGCCCUGCAGAGUAUCUUGAAGUACCUGCUGAGAAAUCGCCAGCAGCAGACAGGGACUCCAAAGCACAUGCUGGACCUGCAACAGGGCCUGCAGACCACUCAGUCUGAACAGCUUGUGCAGGGCCUCUGUCGGAAGCUGAAGGAGAGUGUUCAGCCGCUGACCUCCUGCAACAUUCAGGAAGUACAGGGGGACAUUCUAGCGGCUGAAGAUGUGCUGCACAACGCCAAGACCGCCAUCACGCUCCUGCCUUCACUCUAUGAGCUGGGAAGGUCGCCCUCUAGUGGUCUGAUGCUGCAACAGGUUCUACACGACGCUGGAAGAACACUUAGCAAUGAAAUCACAGAGGAAAUCCAGGAACUGGCGCAGUCGCUGUUGCAGUCGGCGCAGUCGGUGUGUCCCCGCGUGGUGCAGAGGACCAGCGUGAACGAGCGGCUGGCUGACAGCGUGGCCAAGAAGUCGCGUCAGGCCGCCCACUUCAUCGAGAGCACGCUGCACGAGGUGGAGACGCACAUCAUAAACAAGCUCAGUGAACUGAAACUGGCUGUGACUGUCACCCUGGUGGAAAGGGUCAUCGAUGAAGUUCUGCAGGAUCUGUCUGUGGCUCAACAGAAACUGGAUCGUCAUGUAGAAGAUCACACUCAGAUCUCCUCUUCUCUGAGGACCAACGUGCCCCAGCUGAGAGUGGUCGAACACGAAUUCCCCACCGAUGAGUAUGUGCCAGUCAUCUGGAGGAACAGCUUCCACACCAAGAGUAUCCGUCCAGCCCCGUCAGUGAAAAGUCUGCUGGAUGUGGACGUGGAGCAGCAGGCGAGAGAGAGCAGCGCGCAUUAUCAGCAGGAAGGCGUCGGGGGAGGGGUGGGCGUCGGAGGAGGAGGAGGAGGAGGAGGAGGAGGAGGAGGGGGGAGCCUGCUGCUGCUCGCGCCCGCUCUCGCCGGACCCAGGGAGGGGGAGUUCGAGUCGAGGGGGCGGGCCUCCUCGUUGUCGUUGGAGACGGCGCUGUCCGUCAAGCCGCGUCCCCGAGGCUCCUCCUACGCGGGCGGGCAGGAGGCGGACGCUGCUGCUGCUGCUGCUGCUGCUGCUGCUGCUGCUGCCGCCGCUGCUCUUAGCACCAGUGAGGCACGGCGCCCCGAGCCCGCACCUCCGCGCCCCCCUAUGGACCUGCCCAUCGAAGGCCACACACUGAGGCACUACACCCGCUCCAGGCCCAGACCCAACCGCCGCAACAGGCAGCCGCCCAGCAAGCCGCAGGAGCAGGCAGCAGAGGGCGAAAAUGAAGUCAAUGAAAACAUGGGCAGGGUAGACGAGGGAGUAGAGGAGUUUUUCACAAAGAAGAUCCUCCCAGAUGACCCCCUAAAGCACCAGAGGGAGGAGCCCCUCGUUAAAGCACAACCUUCCACAGACUCCACCCCCUCCACCACCACCACCCCGGCUCCUCCCAACACCACCACCGCCACCACCACCUCUUCAUCCACCACGACCGCCACCACCUCCUCCUCCUCCUCCUCCACCACCACCACCACCACCACCGCUCCCGCCCCCACCGCACCGGCCUCCAAAAACAUCAAGAAGAAAUUUGGGGACUUCUUCGCCUUUAAGAAGGUUCGCGCAGCCCGGGGCACCAAGGGAGAGGGCGCCCCGGAGGGCAAGGCCAAGAAGACCUCCAUCGCCGACCUCAUCCGACCCCUGAGGGAGGCGGCGCGCGCCGAGAAGGAGCGCGAGAAAGAGCGGGAGCGGGAGAAGGAGCGAGAGAAGGAGAAGGAGAAAGAGAGGGAGAAGGAGAAGGAGAAAGCACACGAGGGAGAGGAGGAGGAGGAGGAGGAGGAGGAGGAAGCCGUCCGCGUCGUCAAGACGACCACCGCCACCAUCACGUCCGCCGUCACCACCCCCAACAUCACCACCAUCGCCGCGGACGCGGACGCCGCGCCGGUCAAAGACAUGGCGCCGACCUCUGCCACGUCGCCGACGCCCUCCCCCGCCCUCACCUCCCCCACCUCGCCCAGCCCCGCUCCCUCACCCACCCCGGUGACCAAUGAGGUGCAAGCGCUCUCCCCGGCGUCGCCCACACCCACGUCCACCGGGGCUCCGGUCCCGGCCGCCUUGCCCUCCGGCGAGCUGGAGAAGGGCCGGCCGCUGGAAAAGAGCCGCACGCCGGACGGUGAGCGCAGGCCCAAGCCCAGCAGGCGCUCGCUGAGGGAGGGCAAGUCCCAGUCCCUCAUCCUGCUCACGGGGCUGGAGCCCGAGGAGGGGGGACCUGCCGCACAAGCCAAGAAACACGUGUCUGAGAGCUCGUCCAGCUUUGAGCAGCGGCUCCACGUCAUGCUCCAUCGCAUGGGCAUGACCAAGACGCCUCCCUCAGAGUCAUCCAAAAGCAACCAGAGCAAGGAUGAGGAGCUGAAGAAAGCCAACUCUGAAGGAGCCAUUCUGGACAACAAACCUGAACCUCCGCCCACCUUUAUGAAGCCGCGCACCAUGUCCACCUCAUCAGACACUAGGCGGCCCGUAAGACCAGGUGUGACAGGUGAGAAGCCGGCCCUCCCUGACCGCCCCGUAGGGCCUCUGCCCCCCAAACCCGCCCUCAAACCCGUGCUCCCCCCGCCCUCCGAGGUCCCUGGCGGCCCCAAGGUCUCCCCGAUGGCCCCUAAGCUGCCCAGCCCGUCCGUAGAGGGCCCCCCGCCCGGGGAGCCAGACCAGGAGCCCGGCGCGGCGACGGCCCAGACCCAGCCGAAGGAGCCGCCGCCUCUGUCCCCUCGGCGGGAGGCCCCCCCGGCCCCGUCACCACGCAGGGGCAUCAGCACAGACGCCAGGGAGCGAUCCGAGAGAGCACAAUCAGUCACUGAAGAGACCCUGCCGAAACCACGCCCCCGCAUGAAGCCCUCGCCCCAGCGGCGCGCCGUGUCCGUGCACGAGGACUCGCUCCUCCUCCAGCAACACGCCGCCCUGCUGGACCCUGAGGAGUUGAAGGCGGCGUUGCCACGGCUACAGAGGUCACCAGUGCGUAAGCAUGCCAACCUGGGGGAGCUGCCAACGUGCUCUGAAGACCUUCCCGAGGGAGAGGAGGGUAAAGGAGCGGGGAAGAGGGAGGAGGACAGUGGCCAGGCAGAGGGGACAGACUGCACGGCGCCCUCCAAUGGCCACAGGGGGCACAGCCCAGCAGGCACCAGCCAGGAAGACCAGGGAGAGACCACCGUGGACGGGGAAGGGGGGGAGACAGUCUCAGAGCAGCACACACCAGCGCAGGGAGAACCAUCAGACCAAAGAACUGAACCCCCCUUAUCCAAGACAAACAUGGACUGAGCCCCCUGUGCAAAAUCUAUUUUCUAUCAUGUCUACCUUUGCCUUGCACGUCAGAUUAUGUACAAAAGAAUGAAUUAUGAACAAACGAAGAAAACAAGAAAAGAACGGUUUUAAAAAAAGAGAACAAAUCAAUACCUAUACUUGUUAAUAAUGAUUAAAAAGUGAAUUCAGUUGUGUCAAAA